UCACGCAUUGCCACGCUGAUGGUCUAUACCCUUAUUCUGAAAACAAAACAUGUUUGAGUUUCCGGUUAGAGCCCGUGAAAGAUUCCCGAGCUUGAUACCGCUGGAAGAUAGUGUUAUCAGCCUACAUAUUCCAGAUUACUUAAUAUAUAAUAAAAUAAAUAAAUUAAUAAAAGACGAAAACCGGCUGGUUUGAGUGGCGGUUUCCAGACGUUAGGGAAGAUGGUGGCCAAACAGAGGAUCCGAAUGGCGAACGAGAAACACAGCAAGAACAUCACGCAGAGAGGAAACGUGGCCAAGACGCUGCGACCACAGGAGGAAAAAUAUCCAGUGGGCCCCUGGCUGCUUGCCCUUUUUGUGUUUGUUGUGUGUGGAUCAGCCAUAUUUCAGAUCAUCCAGAGUAUCCGUAUGGGAAUGUGAUCCAGAAGGAGCACCUCAACUCCACUCACUGAAACUGGACAGGGCACACCUCUGAACCCCCCGUCUCCUCCUAUGGGCCUGCAGGCCUCGGAGACCGUCGCGCUGCCCCCAUACAUUGACCGCCUCCCGCCAUUCGCAGUGUUGCAGUCUGUGGUGCAGACAGCUUUUCUAUGGACAGUCUUAAAGUACGCCAGCUGUGUCUUGUUACUCACUUGGCUCUUAUCUGUGUGAACGUGUGCAUAUGUAAGUGUAUGUGAGUACAAAUGUGUGAGACUGUUUACGCGCAUGAGUGUGUGUCCAGAUUCGUGCUGAUGAUGUCCCAUUCUUGCCAGUAUUCAUCUGUCUUGUGUAUUUUUAUUAUAAUAAAACUAGAUCAUUUAGCCAG